UAGAGUAUCUCCAUUCCAUGUAGUACAUUACUACAUUAACACAUCUAAUUUCAUUCAUUUUUUAUACCCCUCAUCUCCCACUCCCCAGCGUUUUCCAUCUCUGGAAAAGCGUAUGAAAUCACAGACUUCGUUUUCGUUCCUUUAAAUCUCUCUUCACAUUUUUGCAGCAGCAGCAGCAACGUCAAUUAUAAGAAAACGGCACAAAAAGAUAAACACAAACUCAGUUUUCAAGUUUACGUUAAAUCGGUUUUUGUUAGGAGGUCUCAGUUUCGUUGAUCUCUUCGAUUAGUAAUAUUCGAUUAGUAAUAUUGGAAUGAGAUCCAGAUUAAGAAACUGUUGAUUAAAACGAGAAAGAAGAAAACGAAUAAUAAGAAGAGAUGACUGAGAGUGGGAAGUUUCAGCUUGGAACCAUUGGGGCAUUGAGUCUUUCUGUUGUUUCGUCGGUAUCGAUUGUGAUUUGCAAUAAGGCUCUUAUUAGUACUCUUGGUUUCCAUUUUGCCACAACUCUGACGAGCUGGCAUCUGCUGGUGACUUUCUGCUCGCUUCACGUGGCAUUAUGGAUGAAACUUUUUGAACAUAAACCAUUUGAUGCAAGAGCUGUAAUGGGAUUUGGUGUACUAAAUGGGAUAUCCAUUGGACUUCUAAAUCUUAGUCUGGGUUUCAACUCCGUUGGGUUCUACCAGAUGACGAAACUGGCUAUCAUCCCCUGUACUGUCCUUUUGGAGACCCUUUUCUUCAGGAAACUUUUCAGUCGGAGUAUUCAGCUUUCACUCUCUGUGCUUCUUAUGGGUGUCGGAAUUGCUACUGUGACUGAUCUGCAGCUCAAUGUUCUUGGUUCUGUCUUAUCUCUGCUUGCAGUUCUCACAACAUGUGUUGCUCAAAUUAUGACCAAUACCAUUCAGAAGAGAUUCAAAGUUUCUUCAACGCAACUUUUAUAUCAAUCUUGCCCCUAUCAAGCGAUGACCCUUUUCAUUACUGGUCCAUUUCUGGAUGGACUAUUGACCAAUGAAAAUGUGUUUGCUUUCCAGUACACUCCUCAAGUGCUGGUUUUCAUUGUCCUAUCCUGCCUUAUCUCUGUAUCUGUUAACUUUAGCACAUUUCUUGUAAUUGGAAAGACAUCUCCAGUCACCUACCAAGUCCUGGGACACUUGAAAACAUGUCUAGUUCUGGCAUUCGGUUAUAUUUUGCUCAGAGACCCAUUUAGCUGGCGUAAUAUUCUUGGAAUCAUGGUUGCCUUAGUUGGAAUGCUACUUUAUUCUUUCUUUUGCACUCGUGAGACUCAGGCAAAAUCCAGUGAACCAGCUCCACAAUUGUCUCAGGCAAAGGAAAGUGAAACUGAUCCUUUAAUAAGUUUGGAAGGUGGAACUGCUGUGGUUCCUGAUGAUGAUGUUCCCAAAGCCCCGAUAUGGAACUCCAACAAAGACCUCCAUGAUGCAUAAAACGGUGACCAAUCUCGCUAAUUAAUCUAGGGUAAAAUCUCCCAGAUAGAACUGCUCCAACAACGGAAAAUUCUCAUCAGGAAGGAAAUAUCACAUCUUCAAUCAACUUGAAUUUUGUGGAUUUGUUGAUAUUCAAUGAAACACCCGCUAAAAAUCAAAGCAAAAAGUAAUAAGAAUUAGGAGAAUUGGAAAGAAUGCAAGUUAUUAUUUUUACGUUCAUAUUCUAGUUUUGGCUAUUGCCAAUUUUUGUGAAUUAGGUCCCCAACAGUCCAUUCUUGUAAGUGGGAUUUGCCAUCCAUCUGUCUCCUCUCUAGUUUUGCUGGGGACAAUUGUUUUGUUGCUGUUCUCAUAUACUAAACAGAUAUUAUUUCAUAGGUACCUUAGUUCUUUUUAGAUCCCAACUUUUUUGAGUAUUUCUGAACUAUUGAUAUAAAUAUUAUUUUCUCUUUUUUUUAUCUCUAA